CGCGCCUUCGGAGCCGCGCGGAGCCGCCGCCGCCGCCGCGCACGGAGCCCAGGGAGAAAGAACAAGAACCCCAAGAAGAGGAACGUUUGAUGGAAGAAAAGAAAAAGAAAAAGCAGGAAGAAAAGAAGAAGAAGGAAAGUGCUCAGAAAAAGGCUGCUGAUCAAAAAACCAAAGUGCCAGAACCUACUAAGACCUGUUCAAGCCAGCCCCAACCUGCCGGUACCAGUACCAGUACUUCCACCAGCACUAUCUCCAGCAGCAACAAUGGCAAACGUGCAUGUGCCAGCGGCCAGCAGCCAGCUGCAUCCCGCUACCUGCCUCGUGAGGUGCCUCCACGCUUCCGCCAGCAAGAACAGAAGCAGCUAUUAAAGAGGGGUCAGCCAUUACCCACAGGGACUCUGACCAGCGCGAGCCCAGCCCAGGCUGCUGGACCUGCAGGGGCAAGCCCACCUCCCCUCCCUGGAGCCAGCACUCAGCAGCCUCCCAGCAAGCCCCCAGCAGACCUCGGUCACAGUGGACUGGCAGAUCACUAUGAGAGCUCCCACUGCGGACAGCAGCCCACUUACCGGAACGAAGCCAGCUGCGGCUGGGAUAAAGUGAGCCUGGACAGGCCCGACAAGGAGGCGUGGGAGCCAGAGACUGCGUCAGAAUGCCCUGUGGACACUGACCCUGCCUGCAGCUGUGCCCCAGAGAACAGUAGCAUGGCCACAGGCAGCGCCCCGGGCAGCUUCCCUGCGCACACCAAGAAGACGAAUGGCAGUAACGGCACCAGUGGCGCGCUCGGGCAAAGCCCUUCUAACCAGAGUGCCCUGGGAGCAGGGGGCGCCAAUGGCGAUGGCGGCGCGGCCAGAGUGUGGGGCGUAGCCACGGGCUCCAGCUCUGGCCUCGCUCACUGCUCUGUCGGUGGUGGGGAUGGGAAGAUGGACAGUAUGAUUGGAGAUGGGAGAAGCCAGAAUUGCUGGAGUGCUUCCAGCACCAACGCUGGCAUCAAUCUCAACCUUAAUCCUAACGCCAACCCCGCUGCCUGGCCCGUGCUUGGACAUGAAGGAACUGUGGCCACAGGCAGCCCUUCCAGUGUUUGCAGUCCAGUCAGUGCCAUAGGUCAAACCAUGGGCAACCAGAACGGGAACCCACCAGGCACUUUAGGUGCUUGGGGAAACUUGCUGCCGCAAGAGAGCACAGAGCCACAGCCGCCCACGUCUCAGAACGUGUCUUUGAGCGCACAACCUCAGAACCUUAACACUGAUGGACCAAAUAACACUAACCCCACGAACUCUUCACCAAGCCCUGUCAAUGCAAUGCAGACAAACGGACUGCCAAACUGGGGCGUGGCUGUUGGCCUGGGGGCCAUCAUCCCGCCCCACCUGCAAGGCCUUCCUGGUGCUAAUGGGUCCUCAGUCUCUCAAGUCGGCGGAGGUGGAGGUGAGGGAAUGAGCAGUGCUGUGUGGGGACUGUCCCCAGGAAACCCUGCCACCGGAAGUAGCAGCUCUGGGUUCAGUCAGGGCAAUGGAGACACUGUGAACUCAGCGCUAAGUGCUAAGCAGAACGGAUCCAGCAAUGCUGCACAGAAGGAGGGAAGUGGGGGAAACGCCUGGGAUUCGGGCCCCCCCGCUGGUCCUGGACUGCUCGCCUGGGGAAGGGGCAGUGGCAACAGUGGUGUUGGCAAUAUCCAUUCAGGAGCUUGGGGCCACCCCAGUCGAAACACCUCGAAUGGCGUGCGUGGGGAGUGGGGAAAGACCCCAAACCAGCACACCGGCAGUGACGUCAGUGGGAAGGGCUCCGCGGGGUGGGAGAGCGCCAUGCAGCCUGGCGGUGAACACGUGAGCUCUUGGGCCAAAGCCACGUCUUCGGGAGCCACGGCAAGUGAAGGCAGUAGCGAGGGUUCCGGCAGCCACAGCGAGGGAGGCCCCGGGAGGGAAGGAGCGGAAGGCCGCAGGCGAGACAAGGGGCUCCUGGACCAGGGCCACGUCCAGCUGCCACGGAGCGACCUUGACCCGAGAGUUCUGUCCAACACUGGCUGGGGACAGACUCCGGUAAAGCAGAACACUGCCUGGGAGUUUGCCGAGUCCCCCAGGUGUGAGAGAAAGAGCGACAAUGGCACAGAGGCCUGGGGCUGCACAGCGGCUCAGCCUCCGGACGCGGGGGGCAAGAGCGAGGGGGCCGGCGUGAGCAGCACGAAUACCUCUGCAGUGUCGGGCUGGGUCAGCUCCCCGCCCGCCGCUGUGCCGGCUCACACGGGCUGGGCGGAGAGCAGUAGCAAGGCGCCGAGCGGCCCGGGGGUCUGGGCAGACGCCACAGGCUCUGCUGCUGUCAGUAAUGCUGCUGCCGCCAAGAGCGGCCAUGCCUGGAGUGGGACCGUGAGUCAGGAGGACAAGUCGCCCACCUGGGCUGAGCCUCCAAAACCCAAGUCCCAAAACUGGGGAGAUGGGCAGAGACCGAAUCCAGCCUGGAGUGCAGGGGCGGGAGACUGGGCAGACUCCGCCUCUGUCCUCGGACAUGUGGCAGAGGGGAAGAAGAGCGGGUCUGGCUGGGAUGCUGACAGCAGCAGAGCCGGGCCCAGUUGGGGCGACACCACGAGGCCUGGGGCCGGUGGCUGGGGCAGUGGCACAAGCGCAAAGGUGAAUCCAGGUACAAGCUGGGGGGAGUCCCUCAAACCUCCCCAGCAGAGCUGGGCCACCAAACCCCAAGACAGCAACGUGAGCAGCUGGGGAGGGGCUGCUUCUGUGAAACCGACGGUGACGGGGUGGAUGAGGCCGAAGGACAGCGGCGAGGCGACCGGCUGGGAGGAGCCCUCGCCACCAUCCAUUCGACGCAAGAUGGAAAUCGAUGAUGGCACCUCGGCUUGGGGGGACCCGAGCAACUACAACAACAGAACUGUCAGCAUGUGGGAUAGGAACAACCCGGCCGUCCAGAGCAGCGCCACGGCCGGCAGCACCGCCACUGCCACCACGAGCAGCGCCACGCACAGGGGCGACACGCCACCGCCGCACCAGGCCGGCUCGCAGCUGAAUCGAUCGCCACUGCUGGGGCCAGUUUCGUCGGGCUGGGGCGAGAUGCCCAGCGUCCACUCCAAGGCUGAAAGCUCCUGGGGAGAGCCGCCCUCCCCCUCCACCCUGGUGGACAACGGCACCGCUGCGUGGGGGAAGCCCCCAGGGAGCGGCAGUGGGUGGGGGGACCAUGCUGCUGAGCCCGCUGUGACGUUUGGAAGAGCCGGCGCCCCCACUGCCGCCCCAGCCCUGUGCAAACCAGCUUCCAAAUCUAUGCAAGAGUGCUGGGGCAGUGGUGGGGACGACGUCAACGUCGGUGCCGGCCAGUGGGAGGAUGAAGAGGGGGACGUGUGGAACAACGCUGCUUCCCAGGACAGCGUCUCCUCCAGCAGCUCCUGGGGCAGUGCCUCCAAGAAAGGACUUCAAAAGGCCAUGAAGACCUCUGCCAAGCAGGACGAGGCCUGGGUCGUGAGCCGGCUGAUCAAACAGCUCACCGACAUGGGCUUCCCGAGAGAGCCAGCCGAAGAGGCUUUGAAGAGUCACAACAUGAACCUCGACCAGGCCAUGAGCGCUCUACUGGAAAAGAAGGUGGACGUGGACAAGCGUGGCCUGGCAGUGACCGACUACAACGGGAUGGUCCCCAAAGCCCUCGGCUGCCGCCCACCCGUCUCCAAAGAGUCUUCCGUGGACCGAGCCACCUUUCUGGACAAGCUCACCCUCUCUUUCUCCAAUCAGGAUGGCGGCCUCGUGGAAGAGCCCACGGCUUCACCGUUUUUGCCUUCCCCAAGCCUGAAGCUCCCCCUGGCAAACAGUGCACUCCCCGGCCAGGCCCUGGGUGGGGUUGCCUCAGGGCUGGGCAUGCAAAACUUGAAUUCUUCUCGACAGAUACCGAGCGGCAAUCUGGGUGUGUUUGGCAACAGUGGAACAGCACAAGCCAGGACCGUGCAGCAGCCGCCACAGCCACCAGUGCAGCCUCUGAACCCCUCCCAGCCCAGUCUCCGUGCUCAAGUGCCUCAGUUUCUAUCCCCUCAGGUUCAAGCACAGCUUUUGCAGUUUGCAGCAAAAACCAUUGGUCUCAACCCUGCACUAUUAACCUCGCCAGUUAACCCUCAGCAUAUGACGAUGUUGAACCAGCUCUAUCAGCUGCAGCUGGCAUACCAACGUUUACAGAUCCAGCAGCAGAUGCUACAAGCCCAGCGCAAUGUUUCCGGACCCAUGCGACAGCAGGAGCAGCAAGUUGCGCGUACAAUCACUAAUCUGCAGCAGCAGAUCCAGCAGCACCAGCGCCAGCUGGCCCAGGCCCUGCUCAUGAAGCAGCCGCCCGCACCGCCGCCGCCCCUGUCUCUGCACCCCCCUGCAGGCAAGCCGGCCACGGACAGCUUCCCCCCCCACCCCCAGGCUCCCGGCCUACCCGACCUGCAGACCAAAGAGCAGCAGUCUUCGCCCAACACCUUUGCUUCUUACCCUCUCGCUGGACUGACCCCGAACAUGAGCGUGGGCAGCAUGGACGUGGCCAGCGGCUUGUCGGUGAAGGACCCGUCUCAGUCGCAGUCACGCCUCCCUCAGUGGACACACCCCAGCUCCAUGGAGAACUUGACCAGUGCCGCUUCUCCUCUGGAUCAGAACCCGAGCAAACACGGUGCUAUCCCUGGAGGUCUAAGCAUUGGGCCUCCGGGUAAGUCCUCCAUUGACGACUCUUACGGCCGGUACGAUUUAAUCCCAAACAGUGAGUCGCCAGCCAGCCCGCCUGUAGCUGUUCCCCACAGCUGGUCACGCGCCAAAUCCGAUAGUGAUAAAAUUUCCAACGGCUCCAGCAUCAGCUGGCCCCCAGAAUUCCACCCCGGCGUUCCCUGGAAGGGGCUUCAGAACAUCGACCCCGAGAGCGACCCCGACGUCACCCCCGGCAGCGUGCCCAGCGGGCCGAGCAUCAACACCACCAUCCAGGACGUCAACCGCUACCUCCUCAAGAGUGGAGGUAAACUGUCGGACAUCAAAUCGACGUGGUCCUCCGGCCCGGCCUCCCACACGCAAGCCUCCCUGUCCCACGAGCUGUGGAAGGUGCCCAGGAACACCGCGGCACCCACAAGGCCGCCUCCUGGCUUAGCCAAUCCCAAACCUUCCUCCACCUGGGGCGCCAGCCCCCUGGGCUGGACAAGCUCCUACUCCUCGGGUUCUGCGUGGAGCACCGACGCCUCGGGGAGAGCAAGCAGCUGGCUCGUCCUGCGCAACCUCACACCCCAGAUCGACGGCUCCACUCUGCGGACACUGUGCCUGCAGCAUGGGCCUCUCGUCACCUUCCACCUGAACCUGACCCAGGGCAACGCUGUGGUCCGCUACAGCUCCAAGGAGGAAGCCGCCAAGGCCCAGAAGUCUCUGCACAUGUGUGUCCUGGGAAACACGACCAUCUUGGCGGAGUUCGCGGGCGAAGACGAAGUGAACCGGUUCCUAGCCCAGGGCCAGGCUCUGCCGCCCACCUCCGGCUGGCAGCCCAGCGGCGGAGGAGGCCAGGCGCGCCUGGGCACCGCCCCCUGGAGCGCCCCGUGCCUGGGCGCCAAGGGGAGCAGCGAGCUGCUCUGGGGCGGCCUGUGGGGCCCACCCAGCGCCGACGAUGCCAGGGUGGUCGGCAGCCCCACCCCGCUGAACACGCUGCUGCCCGGGGACCUGCUCAGCGGGGAGUCGAUGUAGGCGCCGCGGCCGGCGGCCCUCUGAGUACCUCUGUCCAGUACUGAGAGGCCCUGCGCGCAGCCCUCGGACUGCCCCGGGCCGGCGCGGGCGGCACCUGCUCCCGACAGGACGCUCCUCAUAGCUUUGGUUUGGUGUCGUCUCGCGUUGGUAUGGUGUGUUGUCAUUUGUUUUAAGUAUAAAGCUGCUUAGAAUAGUUGUAUCAUGAAGGGCACUUUCCAGACCGCGGGCCGGGCCGGGCCGGGGCGGGGCCACGCACCCAGAGGAGCCUGCGGCGCCGCCU